AUGUCAACAUCAUUCGUUUUAUCGGCCCUUUGUGCAAUUGGCGGGUUGAUGGGCUACUUUAGGAAAAAUUCGGUGCCUUCCUUGGUUGGUGGAUUGGUGGUAUCUGCAUUAUAUGGAAGUGCCGGCUACAUUAUGAAUCUGAAUGGCAAACAUGGAGAGGAGCUAGCAUUGGGUGCUAGUAUAAUUUUGUUUCUCGCAGGAUUAGUGAGGUCAUACGCCACUGGGUUUUCAAAACCAAUUCCGCUUUUGUUGUUGGCUUUGGGUGCAAUAGCUGGUGGAUUUUACUUCAAACAAUUUAAUCAGAUUCAAAGAGCUUUCAGAUAG